AACCCCCCAGGAGGAUACUGAGGUAAAUUCAGAGGAGACCGAAAACAACUCUGCUCUCUCUGCGUAUGCACUUCAAGUAUCCUGACGGGAGGCUUCCCUCGCCGGAAAAGUCAGAGGUUUUGGGAGAUGAAGUCCGUUAAGACGACGGCGGACGCGGGAGCUUUUUCUCCCCUGCUCCCGAAGCUCAAUUCGCCGGAGCCGCUUCCUGAGCGGCGGCCGUCGGUGCUCGGCGCGGUGUUCAACGUCUCUACGAGCAUAAUCGGCGCCGGAAUCAUGUCGAUUCCGGCGACUCUGAAGGUGCUUGGCGUGAUUCCCGCUUUCCUCUCGAUCGUGCUGGUUGGGAUCCUUGGGGAUGUGUCCGUCGAGUUCAUGAUGAGGUUCACGCAUUCCGGGCAGUCCAAGACUUACGCCGGCUUGAUGUUCGAGUCGUUCGGACGGUUUGGAUCCGUGGCGGUGCAGAUUUGUGUGAUGAUCACCAACCUCGGUUGCUUGAUCAUUUAUCUGAUCAUCAUCGGAGAUGUGCUUUCUGGAAACCAGUCGGAAGAAUCAGUCCAUGUUGGGGUUUUGCAGGAAUGGUUCGGCAUCCACUGGUGGAAUACUCGUGUUGUUGCUCUUCUCUUCGUGCUUGUUUUCAUCAUGCUUCCGCUCGUUUUGUUUCGGCGUGUUGAGUCGUUGAGGUUCAGUUCAGCCGUCUCGGUCCUGCUUGCUGUGGUCUUUGUUGGCAUAUGCUUCGUCAUGGCCAUCUCUGCGUUGCUGGAAGGGACGACGAAAAGCCCUAGAUUGUUGCCCCAAUUGGAUAACGGUAUCUCCUUCUUCAACCUCUUCACUGCCGUCCCAGUUAUAGUCACGGCCUUCACGUUUCAUUUCAACGUUCAUCCGAUCGGAAUGGAGCUCGGAAAACCAGCUGACAUGGCCGUGGCCGUGAGAAUCUCUUUGAUACUCUGCGCUGUCAUCUACUUCACCGUCGGCGUAUUUGGGUACCUUCUGUUUGGAGAUUCAAUCAUGGCGGACAUACUGGUGAAUUUCGAUCGGAGUUCGGAUUCAGCGAUUGGUCCGGUGCUGAACGACAUGGUGAGAUUGAGCUAUGCGCUCCACCUGAUGCUGGUUUUCCCUCUGCUGAACUUCUCAUUGAGGGGCAACCUCGACGAGUUGUUGUUCCCCACGAAGCCGCCGCUGGCGACUGACACCAAGAGAUUUGUUCCCCUGACUUUGGGUUUGCUGGCCUUCACUUACCUUCUAGCAAUUGCCAUCCCCAACAUAUGGUACUUCUUUCAGUUUGUGGGUUCAACUUCUGCUGUCUGCAUUGCCUUCAUCUUCCCAGCCUCCAUUGUUCUCAGUGACAACAACAACAACUUAGGACUGUAUUUCAAAUGUCAGCAUUGGGAUUCCAAUUAUAAUUGGCGUCGAUGAAAGAUAAGGGAAUAAAGACCAAGAGAUGAAGACGUGGUAGUCGACGGAGGUCUUCAAUGGCAGCAAUGAAGACAAAAAGAAAGAAAAACAGCGGAAGAAUGGGAGGAAAAUGGAGGUGAAAUUGGGUUCUUGAUUUAGCCUUUCAUCUUUUCUAAGCAAAAACAACGAAGGUCUUCCGAUGGCAUCAGUGAACAAGACGACGAAAGAGAAAAAUGUUGAUGGUAAUGGGGUUCCAAUGAUUGAUUGAUAGAGGUUCUAAAUCUGGUAAAACCUUUCAUCUACCCUAAAUUAUCGUGACGGAGCCAUCAAUGGCGAUGAAAAAAACGAGAGAGAAAGAGAGAGCUCUCUAAAAUUAUUUCUAAACUAUAAAUAAUCUUUGUAUAAAUGGUUCGAAGGGAUUAGUUAUAAUUACCCUUAUAUUUAAUAUUUUAAAUUUG